UCAAUCCUAGUAUGAACUUGAACCAUUUUCCAAAGGGUUUUGUUACACAGAAGAGUAGUAAAUAAUAAAGGGUGAGUAAGACAUUUAUUUGAUUCAUUUGAUGUGUGGAUAAUUUUAAAAAGGUGUUUAAUUAGCACGUUAACAAAAAAAGAUUAUCUAUAUAUAAAAAAAUCUUCCAUCUGAGGACUUUGACUACAUACCUCCCAGAGAACAAAGGACACUGCAAGUUUUUUUCUCUUCAAGAUGAUUCACAAGCUGGAUGGACAAGUCUUUGGAUGCAUUUACAUCUUUCUGCUUUUGCUACAACCCAGAGAAGGUCAGUCACAGGAGACAGAUUUGUCUCAGACAGUAAAAGCGAUGCUUGGGGAUGACGUUGUUCUGCCGUGCCAAGUAAAACCUCCUGAGGACCCUACUCAGACUACAGUGGAGUGGGGGAGACCAGACCUAAAGCCCAGAUUUGUGUUUGUUUUGCAUAACCAGAAGGAAUAUAUAGCUGACCAAAACAAAGUCUAUAGAGGAAGAACGUCACUGUUCAAUGACAAACUGAAGAAUGGAAACGUUUCACUGAAACUGUCUAAUGUGAGACACUCUGACAAUGGAAAAUACAGAUGCUACAAUCCGAAAGAGAAAACAGAAAGCUUUGUUGAGCUUCUUGUUGGUACAAUCUCUUCACCUCAUAUAAGUUUAUCAGGACUUGAUAAAAGCAGCAGUGGAGUGAUGUUAGACUGCAGCUCUGCAAGCUGGUAUCCAAAACCGGAGAUUCUCUGGCUGGAUGGUGAAGAAAACAUCAUGUCUGCUGGAUCUGCAGAGAAAAUCAAAGGUCCUGAUGGUCUCUACAGUGUCAGCAGCAGAGUGACUGUGGAGAAGAGACACAACAACAAUAUCACCUGCAGACUGACACAGAAGGAUAUCAACCAGACCAGAGAGACUUACAUUUAUGUUCCAGAUGGUUUCUUCAUGGCCCAGCCUGAUUGCUCUGUUUGUAUCAGCUUUAACAUUAUUUUGGCCAUUGCAUUUGCUUUUGGAGCUGUCUUUCUUAUCUGGAUGAAGCGAAAAAGCAAAAAUACAAAAAAGAAGAUAUCAGACGAAUGCAAUAAAGAGAAUGAAAAGCUUUUGACUAAAGUAAAAAACUCUAACACUGAGAAGGAGAUACAAAAGAGCUAUGAGGAACAGAGAAGGAUCGAUGAGCAGAUUGAAGCAUUAAUAGAGAUGUCUAAAUACCUGGAAGAGCAGAAAAAACAACUUGCUGAUCAAAAACAAGAGGCAGAGAAGAUGGUUGAGGGAAAUGAGGGAAAGCUUAGGGAAGUUGAUGAAGACAUAAGAAAGGAGAAGACUAUUGAAAAGAAAGCACAAGGUUACUUAAUACUGAAAGGAAUCAUAACAACGAACAAUCAGGGCCUGCUUGAGAGAAUGAAAGGUCAUCAAAAUGUCGAACUGAUGACUGAUAAACUGAUGAAUAAAACACAGGAGGAGGUUACCAAGCUUAACGAGAGAAAGAUGGAAAUAGAGAAUCACAUUAUGGAAUUAAAAAGCUAAUUGAUGAAGACGAUACAAACGAAUGACUCUUGAGAAGUAGAGAUUUAUCAUGUUUGGCUUUAUUCUGCAUCACGAUAUAAGAAAAGGCUUCAACAUGUUUAAACAAAGCAUAAACAUGGCAGACUUUAAAACUAUUUCGUCCUUAUCUAAACUCACUUAAGACAGUUUAGAUUUAGUU